CAAUGAUAUGAGUCCACAUGCAGCGCAGGGAAGAGGGGCAGCAGUGAGGCGCUUUGAUAAAACCAGACUGUCGGCAGCGCGUGAAGCCACUGAGAGCUGCGCCACGGUGAGGCAGGGUACGGCACGGGAGCACAGAGCAGGACUGGACCGGACCGGGUGAAUGCAGUCCUCAGCACGGGACGCUGCUGCAGACACUUUCCCACCAUUUUCGGACAUAACAGGAGGCGCACAGUAACCACGCGGGGAAGAGGAAUUUGGCUACAAAAUUUCCGUCGUAAAGGAAAUCUAAAGAGGGGCCGAGAAGAGAAAGGGACACGUUACACCUCUGUCAGUAGCAGCCGAUAGCUAUCCGAGCUGACAAAGUCCUCGUUGCUCUAAAAGUCCUCACAGGGUAGGAAGCCACAAGGUAUCCUUCACCGGUGUUCUCGGGUACAGCUGAGUGGGAAGGAGCCGUCUGUCCGCCAUGGAGAACGCUCACACGAAGAGUGUGGAAGAAGUUUACAGUUAUUUCAGCGUCAAUGAAAGCACAGGACUUUCCCUGGACGAGGUGAAACGGCAGCGGGAGAAAUGGGGCCUAAACGAGUUACCAGCGGAGGAAGGGAAAUCUUUAUGGGAGCUCGUCCUCGAACAGUUUGAAGAUUUGCUCGUUCGAAUUCUUCUGCUGGCUGCAUGCAUAUCUUUUGUCCUGGCCUGGUUUGAGGAGGGAGAGGAAACUAUCACCGCAUUUGUGGAGCCUUUUGUAAUUCUACUCAUUCUUAUAGCAAACGCUAUCGUUGGCGUGUGGCAGGAACGCAAUGCUGAAGAUGCCAUUGAGGCACUUAAAGAGUAUGAACCUGAGAUGGGAAAAGUGUACCGACAGGACAGGAAAACUGUGCAGAGGAUCAAGGCCAGAGACAUCGUGCCUGGUGACAUAGUGGAGGUUGCUGUUGGAGACAAGGUGCCCGCUGACAUCCGCAUCUGUUCAAUCAAGUCCACAACCCUCAGGGUAGACCAGUCCAUCCUGACUGGUGAAUCUGUCUCUGUCAUCAAACACACCGACCCUGUGCCUGACCCUCGCGCCGUCAAUCAAGACAAGAAGAACAUGCUCUUCUCAGGUACCAACAUUGCUGCAGGGAAGGCCGUGGGUGUGGCUGUUGCCACUGGCGUUAACACAGAAAUUGGUAAGAUCCGUGACGAGAUGGCAGCCACGGAGCAGGAGAAGACGCCCUUGCAGCAGAAGUUGGAUGAAUUUGGCGAACAGCUGUCCAAGGUCAUUUCCAUUAUCUGCAUCGCCGUGUGGAUCAUCAACAUCGGACACUUCAAUGACCCCGUCCACGGAGGCUCCUGGAUCCGUGGAGCUGUCUACUAUUUCAAGAUUGCCGUGGCGCUGGCUGUGGCUGCCAUCCCUGAAGGUCUUCCCGCUGUCAUCACCACCUGCCUGGCCCUGGGCACUCGCCGCAUGGCCAAAAAGAACGCCAUCGUCCGCAGCCUGCCCUCUGUGGAGACUCUGGGCUGCACCUCUGUCAUCUGCUCUGACAAAACAGGAACCUUGACAACCAACCAGAUGUCUGUUUGCAGAAUGUUCAUUAUCAACAAAGCUGAAGGGGACAGCUGCUCUCUGUCAGAGUUCACCAUCACAGGUUCUACCUAUGCCCCCGAGGGUGAAGUGUACCAGGAUGGUAAACCAGUGAAAUCCUCCCACUAUGAUGCUUUGGUUGAAUUGGCCACAAUCUGUGCCCUGUGCAAUGAUUCCUCGCUGGACUUCAACGAGGUGAAGGGGGUGUACGAGAAGGUCGGCGAGGCCACGGAGACCGCACUGACCUGUCUGGUGGAGAAGAUGAAUGUCUUCGACACUGAAGUUCACAACCUGUCAAAGAUUGACAGAGCCAAUGCUUGCAACUCGGUGAUCAAACAGCUGAUGAAGAAGGAGUUCACCCUGGAGUUCUCCAGAGACCGGAAGUCCAUGUCUGUGUACUGCAGCCCAAACAAGUCCCGCUCUACCAUGGGCAAAAUGUUUGUGAAGGGAGCCCCAGAGGGAGUCAUCGAAAGGUGCACUCAUGUCAGAGUGGGCAACAGCAAAGUUCCCCUCAGCCAAGGCAUCAAGGAAAAAAUCAUGUCUGUUAUCCGUGAGUACGGGACGGGUCGUGACACGCUAAGGUGCUUGGCUCUGGCCACACGAGACAGCCCACCAAAAAUGGAGGACAUGAUACUGUCUGACACUGCCAAAUUCAUCGAGUAUGAGUCUGACCUGACGUUUGUCGGCUGUGUCGGCAUGCUGGACCCUCCCAGACAGGAGGUAGCUGCUUCUAUCACACUGUGCCGGCAGGCUGGCAUCCGCGUCAUCAUGAUCACCGGGGACAACAAGGGCACAGCUGUGGCUAUCUGCCGCCGCAUCGGCAUCCUGACCGAGGAGGACGAUACUGAGCACAUGGCUUUCACUGGACGGGAGUUUGAUGAGCUCACACUCGAUGCCCAGAGGGAGGCUGUGACUUGUGCGCGCUGCUUUGCACGCGUCGAGCCUUCACACAAAUCCAAGAUCGUUGAGUUCCUGCAAGGAUUCGAUGAAAUCACUGCUAUGACCGGUGACGGGGUGAACGAUGCCCCUGCUUUGAAGAAGGCAGAGAUCGGCAUCGCUAUGGGCUCUGGCACUGCCGUGGCCAAGUCAGCCUCUGAGAUGGUCCUCGCUGAUGACAACUUCUCUUCCAUAGUGGCCGCCGUUGAAGAAGGCAGAGCUAUUUACAAUAACAUGAAGCAGUUCAUCAGAUACCUUAUCUCUUCCAACGUGGGUGAGGUUGUCUGCAUCUUUCUCACUGCGGCUCUGGGGUUCCCUGAGGCCCUGAUCCCUGUCCAGCUGCUCUGGGUCAACCUGGUGACAGAUGGCCUCCCUGCCACCGCCCUUGGCUUCAACCCCCCAGAUCUGGACAUUAUGGAGAAGCCUCCUCGCAACGCUAAGGAGCCCCUGAUUUCUGGCUGGCUCUUCUUCAGAUACCUGGCUAUUGGAGGCUACGUAGGUGCUGCCACUGUGGGAGCUGCUGCGUGGUGGUUUACACUCUCUGAUGAUGGACCGCAGGUCACUCUGUACCAGCUGAGCCACUUCCUCCAGUGUGGCCCAGACAACCCAGAGUUUGAUGGCUUGGACUGCCACGUGUUUGAGUCACCCUACCCGAUGACCAUGGCCCUGUCUGUGCUUGUCACCAUUGAGAUGUGCAAUGCUCUGAACAGCCUGUCAGAGAACCAGUCCUUGCUGCGGAUGCCUCCCUGGGAGAACAUUUGGCUGCUAGGGGCCAUCUGUCUCUCCAUGUCUCUCCACUUCCUCAUCCUCUAUGUGGAACCUCUGCCUGUCAUCUUCCAGAUCACCCCUCUGGAUGUGACCCAGUGGUUGAUGGUGCUGAAGAUCUCAAUGCCCGUUAUUCUGCUGGACGAGCUGCUUAAGUUUAUGGCCAGGAACUACUUGGAAUUCGGUAAACCGCUGGAGAAGCCGACAAGCAAAGGCUGCUCUCUGUCUGCAUGCGCCGAUGGAAUCUCCUGGCCCUUUGUGGCCAUCUCCCUGCCCCUGGUGCUGUGGAUCUACAGCACCGACACUAACGUGUCUGCCAUCUUGUGGCCCUGACUGACUCCAGUACACUACCCUCCCUGUGCACCAGUGUGAAGUGGACAUUAACACACACAUCUAACACAGUUACAUUAACUCGGAACAAAUUACAGCAACAGCAUUUACACCUUCUCCAACCGCUGUCAGAACGCCUCUGUUAAGUACAUUUAGACUUGCACAUAUUUUUGGGUGGAUGGGGCUAGAGUAAUAUUUUAUCGACAUGAUUUAUGUUUCAUGUUACCAUCGUGCUUUUCUCUGUUUUGACCCCCGUUGAGAAUAGCUAGAGAAGCCCACUGUGUUGGAGCGACAUGUUGAGCUGUACAGAGAAUUUAUUUACUAUUCUGUAAUAAUUAAUAUUUUAUAAUUUGGGGAAUGGAGAUUUCUGAGGACUGUGUAGUUUAGUUCAAUACUAAUUUACCGGCAAAGACUUUCAGCAGAAUACAUUUGCCCGAGCAUGAAUCACAUUUGAGGUCCGUGCAUCGUACUCAUUCAUUAUUUUCUGCAUUAGGCAGAGCACAGCUACCUCAGUGCUGCUGAUUUGACCAUAAUGACCCAUUUGUCCGAGCUGUCAUUUCAUAUGUGAUCAUUUGAAGUGUUGAGGUAAGCACCAGUAGAGUCAAAACCUUCACAUGUAUUUUAAUGUGCAUAUAUAUAUAUAUAUAUAUAUAUAUAUAUAUACAUAUAUAUAUAUUUGUGUUCCUCUGUUAUUUGAGGGAAGAGGGGACAAAGACAUGUUACCAGUUUGAUUCUGAGUAAAUUUUUGGUACAGCCUGUUGUUAAAUUUAUUUACUUGAAGAAAACACAUUUGUCUGUGUUGUGUGUGUGGGGUUUUUUUUUUUGUUGGGUUUUUUUGUUUUGUUUUUUUAAAGUUAAAUUUUUGAGAUUCAUUCUAAGUUUUCAGUCCUAAUUUUGUGUGUUAACGACAGUAAUCUUUAUGUAUGUAAAAUGUGCACAUACUGUACUUGAAUAUGUAAAAAGGCACCAAGAAGCUGUUAGUCUUGUAAACUGAGCACAACGUGGACGGUUUGAUAGGCGCUCAGACCUCUGAUUGGCUGCUGUCGGAGGCGUUUGUAUAUCUGUACAUAGAACACGAAGUAGACUCUAUACAUUUCAUUUCUUCCUGCAUACAUUCACACCCGUUUACUCAAGCGUAGCCUUUCUGCAUGCGCGCUCCGAUAGACCAGAGAGUGUUUUUUGUUGUUGUUUUUUUUUUUAUUUGAAAAGCUAACUGUUGUUUCUUCCCACGCCUUCCCCCUAUUUACCUGCAGAGUGAGUACACUUUGACGUGCAUGCUAACUACUGCCGCGCUCUUGUCUGUAUGGUGGUUGCACACACAGCUUAUCAGUCUGUCAUUGCUCGUGUCGAAAUGACAGCAAUAACCGCUCCUUGUAUUUUAUCAUGUAAAUACUUUAAAUGGUACAAAAAGAGGAGCUUAUAAUGUCACUAAGUGCCAGAUGCACACUGAGCAGAAAUGGGAACCUUGUGCAUUUUUAAACGGGCUCAGUGUUACUGCUGGUGCCGCUUAUUUUUGAAUGUAGGCUUGCAGCAUGUUUGGGCAACUGGCAGAGAUGAUGGCAUUUAAACGCCCCCACACCGUUACAGGACACGGUGUUGUAUGUAUUUCUUUUUUGAACUGCGUUUGUAUGAAUCUUCUGCCCUCCUUUAUUGCAUGGCCUUUAUUGCUCUGAAAUUCACUGAAAUGAUCUGCUGCUCAGAUGCUUUCUACUUUGUUCUGUAAUUUCUCGUGUCCAUUGAUCUGUUUCUUCCUGUCUCCUCUUCUUUUUUCCCUUUACAGCAAAGGCCAAGUAAGCCCAUCUCUCCUGUAAAUUCCUAGCAGAAACUUUGGUUUGGUUUUGUGUUGUGCAUGUGUGUUUUGCAGCACAUCUUACAAGAGCUGCAUGCCAGUGAAGUGAUGACGGGCUCAGAAAGUUCACACAUCGUUUUUACAGAAUGCCCAUAAAUGAAUGUCUGAUGGAAACUAGCCAGUCCCGCCUCAUCGGUCCUUCCAUCCUCCUGCAUGAAGAGCCUUAGAUUACCAUAGAGUCCUCAUGCCUUCAUUUUAGACUAAGAGCUUAGUACCUUGUACAGUCAGUUGUACAUUAUUCUAUGGUGCAUGUCUGCUCAGUCAGCCAUCUGUUUUACCAGACAUAUGUAAUAGAUUAUGUAUAAGUUCAAAAACACAGUUCAUCUUUCCUAAGGAAAUACUUUUAUGAGAUAAUAGAUUUUUCUUUUUGCUUUACACUGAGAUGAGCAGAUUUUUUGCCAAAUCUGGGAAGGCAGGUGUGCAGCGAUGCUGAUGUUUUACCCUUUUAACGGCAGGCGGUCCCUCCACUGGCAUUUUUUGCCAAACUGCUGUACUGUAUUUUCAGAAAUGAUUGUACAACGUAUCACAUGGACUUUGGUUUCAGGUAAAUAAAAUAAAACUGUCAUACA